GAAGAACCGCUGGAGACCACGCCAGUGAGGAAGGGACUCUUCUGACAAGACACACGAGCCAGCACACAAACAUCCACGAUGAAAGUGAGACCCCCGGAGUAGCCCACAUCCAGCCAGACACACUCUUAAUGGAAUCUGGGCCUGGAAGGAGCAAAGACAACUGCAGUCAUCAGCUGAACUUUUUGGAGGGUGUUCCUAUUCCCUUAUAUGGCAACAGAGCUGGGAAAUCAUUUGAAUUAGUCUGGUUUCUGUUGCAUGCCUGUCUGGUUUUAGUGCUGACUGAGUCCCAUCUGGUAUGUUUCUUUCUCUGCUGUGUGCAUGCGUGAGUGUGAGGGCACCGUCUGUGAGGCAUGAUUUGUUUAUUUUGCCAUUCUUGGUUUGCCUUUUCCUGUUGUUUGCAUGUGGGGUUUUUGUUUUGGGGCCGGGGGAGGGCUUGUGUUUGUAGUUCAGCGAGAGGCAGCGUCAUUGCCUCAGGGGUGGUUGCUUCAUUCAGACUGUGCAGCGUUCUCACCUCAUGCUAUUUUUCCUCCACCUCCCAUACCCUGCUGUGAUGGUCUCUGUUUGUAAGAGCAACACACCCACCAGGGAGCAGGAACUCACGGCCUAAAACUGAAGCCAAGUCUCCCAUCGAAGAACAUUUUUAGAGCAGUAGACUGAAACUUCUCUGGACUUCAACUUCUCUGGACUAACCUGACAAUCAGCUGGAUGUUUCUUUCCUUUUCCUUUUACACAACAGAAUGUGUGACCCAGGAACCAACAGGGACCCAGGAAGUGUUAGCUGAUACAGACAAGUGUUGGGUGGUCUGUCUGACACUUGAUGAAGAAGCAUCAUGGGAGAGUUCAUUCACCGCAACUGCCACCUUCAGUGACAGACUGCCAAGCAAGUCUGACACAGUAAAUCUGCUUCGAUUCAGUGUCAUGUAAAGUUCAUCGCCUCAUGUGGAUUAUCUUUAUGAACAUAUCUUGCAACAUUAGUUGCCAUGGCUACAGCAGCAUGGUAUCAUCGUGACAUCAGUCGUGUGCGUGCAGAGGACUUGCUGGCACGGGCGGGGAGGGAUGGCAGCUACCUAGUGAGAGACAGUGAGUCUGUGCCAGGAGCCUAUGCAUUAUGCCUGCUGUGAGUAUACACACAUACGCACUCUUAUACAUUUAUACACUGAGGAACCAGUUUAUCUCAGGUAUCUCAAUCAAAUAAAAAGUCUAACCUUUCACUUGAAGCUAUUAUAAAAUACACAGUAUCGCUGACAUAGCACCUUCAAACCUAUUCUUAAGUUGUUUACGAGUCUACAUCUUUUCAGUGGUGCUGUGUGUAUCCUAAAUAACCCUUUUGAUUUAGAUUUUUGAAUGCUUAGUUGAUGCAACAUAUAUUUUUGAUUGCAGGAUAUGGGAACACAUUGAAUAUAGAGUAAUGAAACUAACAGAUUUAUGAGAAGUGUGCGUAACACUUUUUACCAUGGUCCUUGUAAUAAGCAUGAAUUAUUGAUUAAAAAGUCUUAUAAAGUGCUUAUAAAUAUUUAAAAGAGUUAAUAAAAACAUAAUUACACAUUUAUCAUUGCUUUUGGACACUCGGAGGCUGUCAUUAGAGACUUGUCAACCGUUCAUAUACUUGACAUUAGCAUCAAUAGGAUGUGUAUUAACAUAGCUCACUUAUUACAGUAUAAUGGCAGCUUUUAGAAUUUAUAAAAUGUUUAUCAGCAUUAAUAAAUCUGUAUAAGUCUCAAAAUGUGUUUUUGCCCCUAAGCUCUCCUGCUAUCACUUAUUGGAAUUUUGUUAACAAUUUCAAGACCAUCUAUUCACUUUAAUUUCAUGUUGUUUAUCAUGAAUAAGACUAUUAAAAGUUAAAAAAAAUAAUGCUCUGUGAGGAUUUAUAAAUUGUUUAUCAUGCAGUUAUGAACAAUACAUCUUUGCAGCUCUUGGAUCUAAAGUGGAAACUGUGUCUCGUUAAAACUGAUCAGUUCUUAUCAGCAAUAAUGGCUUAUCUCAUAUACAAUAAUAAAUGUGUUUUUUAUGCUUUGAUUUACAAUUAUUAACACUCACAAUGAUUAUAAAUAUCUUAUAAGGUUUAAUAUAUAGCAUAUUUACUAGUAAUACUUGUUACAAGGACCUUCCUAUAAAGGGUUACAAAUGAAUUCGACUCUCUGCACUGAACUGAUUUUACUUAAACAGACUGUGAUAAUUUAUCUUAUUCAAUAAGUUCCUCUUCCUUGAAAGUAUUGAUUGAAUGAUCCUCUCAGGAUGUCACUAAUUUGUGUAUGCUGCCCUCCAUCAGAAGAAACAAAAAUCAGUUAAACCAUAACUUAUUAACUAAUCCUGUGACCCUUUUCGAUUCUGGCACACGGUGCUGGAAACUAUUCACAAACCCAACAUUUCUGCAAAACGUCAGCAUCUGUAAAUUGAUUCAGCAGCUUCAGCCCCCACCCCGUCAUAUCCAUCACUUUCACCAUCAUCAGCCAGUAGAGUAGAGACAGCUCAAAGUGCUCCAAACGUAAGGGCCGGGCUAACCCCACAAAUACACGCUCUGCAGACUAGUGGGACUGUCCCGUUCGAACACAGUCCAUUUAGGCCAGUGAAACUCUGGCUCAGGACUCCCUGUUUCCCUCUUUACCCCUCUUUCUUCCCUGGGGCCCCUUCAAGAGGGCGGGAGCUGCAGCGACCGCACUACGCUGACUGCUCAUCAGCCUGAGCCAGAGACAUUCCUGAAAGCUGAGCCCGGCUGCUCGCAGUGCACCCUCUUCCCUUCGUUCUUUUCUCAAUAUGUCAUCCCCCUUUUUAUUUCCUCACUUUCCUCCACAUAUUUGUAUUUAAUCCUGCUAUCAUGCUUCCCCUUUGUUCAUGUUUAAGACAGUAGCUACUAUUCAUCCGUACAUGCAUUCAGAAACAAAUCCUCUUAUUCACUGGAUAAAGAUCAUCAUCUGUGCGUCACCCAUUUACAUUGUGUGACUAAAAGAAGCCACGUCAUUGGUUAUCUGUGAAAGGACAAGCACCCUGCUAUAAAAAUAAGAUACUGAUCUUUUAUUAGUUACAUCUGGUCUUUAGUUCAACGAAAUAUAUCAUUAUACUGUAUCUCCCUUCUGUUUUCUAAUCAGUUGUUUGUAUUCUUGGUUUCCAAAGGUUCCAACGUCAUGUUCACACCUAUCGGAUUCUCCCCGAUGCAGACGGUCUUCUGGCUGUUCAGGUGAGCUUCUAUCCUCUCACGGUACUAAAUCCUCUUCCCAAUGAGGAAGAGCACAGGAAGGAAAACACAAUAGACGCCUGAAACCCUGGCACAAACUGCACGCACACAGAGAAACAUGGCUGUAUAGACGGAGUUAUAAGGAUCAAACAAUGGUUUGUUAUUGCCUGUUGAAAGGAGAACAGGAACAUGUUUGUGUUUCUUCUCAGCACAAGCUCUGUUGGGACUGCAGUAGCCUUGUUGUUUCAAUGGCAUCUCUGCCAUGUGGCCGCAUACUUGCAGCAUAAGCUCAGCAGCACAGUGGAGAAAUUGUUUUUAUGUCUCAGAGAUUCCUACUCUACCCCCACACUAGGUCACUGACCAAUGGGUGUGUUUAUUUGUUAUGUGCAUGUAUGAGGGUGUUUGUAUUAGACAUAAUGAGUCUGUUGGAUGUGGACAAGUCAUGGCCUGUGAUGGUAUGAGUCUGUUUUUGAUACCCCGAGAAGGGGGGCAUUUUCACAGCAAAUGACCUAAUUACACGUCAAUAAAAAAACACCCACAGCACCCAGUUAGCAACCAUAAACACACACACCAACCAACACACGCAUCCAUGUACCCGUACUGUGGUAGAUGAGAGAAAACGAGAGUGAGGGAAAAAAACAUUUGAAGGCCUAAACCACAGAUCUACUCAACCCUUUUUUUUAUUAAGAAUGCCUGCAUAUUAUAUUCCAAAAAUGGGUUUAAUAAUCAUUGUCAUCAAGUGGUUUUCAAGCCUUCCACUCAGAGAAAUCUUUUGCUUUCACAUGAAAACUCUGUUGCUAUUUCAGUUGUUUUUCCACCGCCAUCAUUUUCGAGCCUCCAGUGCAAAAUUUCCCUCGCUGGAUUCGCUCCACUAACUCACAGGUCGCAUGCUUGCCUUCUUGUUUUUUCAAGUUGGCCAUGGAGAUAUUUUGGGGACCGUUAUGUCCCUCGCUGUCUCCUACUCCUUGUCAUUUCCUUUUAAUUGCUUUUCAAGAGUUCCUUGUGGUACAAAAAAUACUGUUUGAAGAGUCUCUGGCAAGAGCUGGGUUGCCAGAGCCAAAAAAAAUGGUUGCUCUUACCACAAAACGAAAACAAAAACUCUGAAUAGAGGGCAGAGGAAAAGCUUGGUAUUGUGGUCUAAUGUCUAUUAUGGUUUUUAAUCGUGCCACUAUACCUUUAUGAGAAUGUAUGCUCAGCAUUCGCACGCAGCAUGUGUAUUUAUCUUGUCUUUAUUUUUGCUUGUAAAGUGCCAUUUGAAAUGAACUGUGCAGCUUUUCUUUCUGUUGAAGAGUAAGUUUUCUUGCUCUUGUGGCAUAAAUGUAUGAACAUAUGCAUACAAAAACUGCAUUGCCUUGUAUUUUUAAGAGGGUGAUGGUGAUGGGGGGGUUUGUGCCUGACUGACUGGGAAAGUUGAAUCACAGUGAAGCAUGACUAGAGCCAAGAGGAAGCUGUCAGUGUUGUGACGUAGUGUUUUGUGCAGUGGAGCUUUCUAAAUCUCCCCUGGGAUACUUUCUUUAUCACAACGUAUCAUCUCUGUGCGUCUUUUUCUGUUAUGCAAAUACACACUACUGCUUUUCUAAGAAUACCCAUAAGAGUUAGAAAUGGGCUUAUAUAUUUGGGGGGUUAAAUUUAAUGGCUGUUACAGAUUAAUACUUUCAUUUAUAGCAUUAAAAGUCUCACCAGAGUAUGUUAAAGUAACUGACAAUAUAAAUGAGUAUUUAAUAUGUACCACAUCAUCUUGUGCGAAGCCAUACAUCACUGAAAAGCCUCUUAUACAACCUUAGGAUUACAAUGAAGAGGUGGAAAGUUACCAGCUGAAUCAGUAACUGAGUAGAUUUUUUGAGUACUUGUACCUUUUUGAGGAGUUAUUUUAGCUGCUUUUAGAGUUACUGUACUUUUACUUGAGUAGAAUCCAGAACUGCUUACGAAAACGAGAACUGAUUUCAAGUCCAAACUUGACCAAACCGAAUCUGGAAACUCACCAAAAUAUGGAGAGAGCAGAAUACUAAAUGUGCCUCUAACCGAGAGUGUAACAUUGCCACAGUGUCUUGUGUAUUUUAAGUGGUUUAUUAAAUCUAAAGUUAAGAUAAAUAAACAGGAAUAAACAAAAAGGAUUCAGGACAAGUUCUGAGCUGAGAUAGAGUUGACUGCUUUUUUGUGAGUUUGCUUUUUUGCCUGGCUGUACAACAUGACAACAAUCACAACAAUCACAACAAUAACACUUUUAUACAGUUUACUAGUGAGCAACACAAUACAGUCCAAAACAUUGAGUACCAGAACCAGAAUCUGUAAAAAUAAAAAAGGGUACUGGACCCUCGCUGCUCAUAAACCUUGUAGCUUUGUAUGUGAUGUUUCUGUUUCUCUGUUUUAUGCGUAAAACAAUGAAUCUAAUGUGCUCUCUGUCUGGUGUGUGUCCAACAGACAACACAAGGGGUGCAGGUGAACUGUUUCCGGACUCUGGAGGACCUGGUUCUGGGGUACCAGCAUCCUCACAAAGGUCUGGUCACUCCUCUGCUCUAUGCUGUUCCCCGCGAUACUGACACAGGAGACGAGAGCUCAGGUGGGCAGGAAAACUGUAAAAAACUGGUAUAGAAAGCUUUAUGGCCCACACUGCAGUCAUAAUAAUAGUUUGUAAUUGUUCUGUUUAUGUCUCAUGAUUGCACAGACGAUGAGAAGCCACCUCCAGCUCCGGUUUCACUCAACACAGUGCCUUUCACAGGACCACCAGCAAAACCAGCCCCUCAUGCACCGUUCUUGGAUAAGUUGCAGGAGCUGAACACAUCCAGGUACAAAAACCCAAAAGCUUCAACACUAAACAGUUUUAAGCUGCUGAGAGAUGUUUAUUCUGGGUGCUUUACCUUUGCAGCAUGAACAACUUUGCUUAACAAGACAAUGUUCAGCUGCUUCGAAAUGUUCAGGUUUCUGAUUAUACACAAGUGAUGGUGGAUUUCGUUUAGUUAAAUACAAAUGAUUUUUUUUCAUUUAAAUAUGCACCUGUUUCCAAUCAAGCAUACAGAAAGCAACAUGUGAAACUCUUUUGAAUUCUUUCUUUGAGUAGUAUCGGCCUAUAGAUAAACAGUGUUUAAGUAUUUGAUGUUUGCCGAACUACUUCCCUUUUCUAUUUUAAAAAAGGUGUGGGUGACACUAGACAAGCCUUAGAAAUGAGUGAUAACACGUAUUCAUAACAGCUUAUAGAAUUGUUUUUGAGGUGUUAUACGUAGUAAGCCUAAUGCCCUGUAAAAGUAUGUUUUAUUAUGCAUUAUAUCUUGAUGCAAAAGAAAAAAAAUAUUGUUGUGAAAUACUGAAAACGAGCACAGCCAUGGAUUUUUCCUUUUAGGCACGGUUAUCUCUUGAUAAUGACUUAUGAUAAUGACUUAUUAUUAUUGCUACAUAAUGAAGAUCAUUUUCUUGUGAUAACGAAUUAAUUGAUAUUGUGUCUGCCAUUGUUACUGUUGUUGUGCAUGGCAUUUAAAUGUUCGCUCGUUGAAAGUGUUAUGCGCACACACAAAGUGACGUUAGUUUUUUCAUUAACCCCAGGUUGCCGUUGACAACGGUGGCUGCAGCAUUCAGAAAUAUCCCAUUGUGGAGGGCAGUAUUAAAAGUUACUGUUUUAAAAUGCCAUUUCCAUUAUCACGAGAAAACUAUCUUUAUUAUGACGGGAUAACAAGUAGUAAUCAUGAGAUAACGGUGCAUUAGAAGUAGUGAAAUAUUUUGGUCUAACACUCUAUUUAGGCCACAAGAUAAUGCUUAUAAAUUCUGAUAAAUUUGUUAUAGGAUCAUAUCAUUGCUAAUAACCUCAUAGGCUAUAGUGCUGUCACUGUACUAAAAGCGCCUUCAGUCAUGUUUUAGCGUGCUGUGAGUAUUGUUCCAAGGCUUUGUAAAUGUGUUUUUGAUGCCAUUAUCAGAGGUGGGUUCAUAUAAAAUGUAACUGAUGUUUGUUUUUCUAGCAGAUGAACCUGAAUGAACUGUUUCCUAUGUCCAUGGAACAGAUGUAAAAUAUUCCGAUUUUUAUUAUUCAGUACUGCAGGUGAGGUGAUUGGUUUACUCAAUGACUACCUCUUCAGUGAGCUGCCUCUCGACAUUGAGAAUGUGCAGAAAGGAGCAACUACUCUCUGCCACCUCAAGCGUACUCUGGGUACUGCCUGUCAAGGCUUAAACGGGUAUGUAUGCAUACAGCUUUUAUUAUGAACACUUAAGUGGCAGUAAAAUCUCUAUGCAGUAUCUGUACAUGAAUAAAUUUAAAGAGAUGUGAGAUCUUUAUGGACACGUUGUGUUUUGAUCUGCAGUGAGAUUGAUCUGACUCUUUCAAGUCUGGAAACCCUGGCCAAAGUCUUUGACCAUCCCAGUUGUUCUUUAACACACACCAAGGCGCAGGUACAAUCAGCACAAAUUACCAACCUUUACCUCUAAAAUGGCACUGCAUGAAGAAACAUUACAUCUUAUCUGUCUUUAUUUAUGGACUGUCUGUGCUUGACUGUCUUAAAUCAGGGACCAGAGAUUGAGAUAGACAGCUUGCUGUGUAAGAUUUCAGCUUUGGUCAGCCUCCUCUCUUCACUGGAGAAAAAGGUGUGUUUUGAAGCAGCUACUGAGUUAAGAAACUCUAACUUUUGAAAAAAAAAAAUGGAGAUCCCUGAAAAGAUUGUAAUGUUCAAGGUUAUCUGUUCAUAAAGGUAUUGAAAGCAUUACAAGAUGCAGUGACAAAUCACAACCUGGCAGUGCAGCCCAACCCACCUCCCCCUGAACCAACACCCACCAGUAUUACACCGGUCAAGAACCAUGCCAGGCAGCUGCCAGUCCACUCCUUUCAGGUAAAAAUAAACAACAAAACAAAAUCACCCAAAUGGCCUGUUAUCCAUUCCAAAUUUAUCUUCACGUUUUAAGCACAAAUGAAUCUAAUCAUAAACUGGUCUUUGAUGACAUUAUGAUAUUAAAAGUCAGUUUUUCAUGGUUUGUCCAGGUGAAGAUGGUCAGGUAUGGCAGGCAGACGGUUUCCGUGGAUGUGGACACAGGAGUGCUGCUCUUCGACAGAAAGGCCAGUUCAUUUGGCAUAGAAAGGGUUUCACAUGACAGAAGUAAGAUGAGAUUCAGUUUGAAGUUCUUGGCAUUAUGUUUUUGUCUGAAAAUACAAAGUGUGUAACUGUCAGGGUCUUGUUUCUUUUACAUCAGUCCUGCAGAUUGUCAAGUUCCAGAGCAGUCCUGCAAAGGUACGCAUGGUGGUCGACAGCCACCACAGCACACCACGGGAGAUGGUGUUUGAGAGCGCCCGGGUGAGGAAAGAAAAGAGCGUUCACGAUUGAAUCGAUUUCUCUGUUUCUGUCCCAUGAAUCACUGAGUGACUCUCAUCCCUUUUAGAAACGGGACGCCUUCUGCCAGCUCCUUCAGCUGAUGAAAAACAGGCACUCUCAGCUGAGUGAGCCUGACAUGGUCUCUGUGUUUGUUGGCAGCUGGAAUAUGGGUAAAGUAAUUAUAAUAACCAUCUUUUCCACUGUCAUAUAACAGGAGACUGUGCAGUGUGCUAAAUAAGAAGGAUUACAAUUAUUUUUGUGUUGUCUUGUGCACACAGGUGGUUCCCCUCCACCCCGCAGCUUGCAGUCCUGGGUGACCUGCUGCGGUUUGGGGCACACCCCUGAUGAGUCGACUGCCUUGCUUCCUCAUGACAUUUACGCGUUGGGGACUCAGGAAAACGCUCAGGGGGAAAGAGAGUGGACAGAACACGUCAAAGCAACCCUGUGCAGCUAUACUCACAUCGACUUCAAACAAGUAAUUCAUGUCAUUUUGGUCCUUCUUCAACUGAGUCAUCUGAAUGAAAAGCCCCUACAUAAGAAAGAUUAAAGAAUUACAAUUGUGAUUUGACUGUUUUACUGUAUAUGUUCAUCUGAAUUUAACAAAUUACUGAAUAAUAUUGUAAUGUAUUGUAAACUCUCUUCAAAACAUUUACCCCUCUGUCUAAACAACACAGAAUCAAACUUUCCGUACACUUCAUGGCUUUUAUCAUGGAGAAGAAAGAAAGCUGCGGAGUUUAUUCUCACACAUUAACUGUUAGUGGUUUCAGUUUAAAGCCGAAACAAUCAUAUUAGGCUUGUCAAUCCACCAGUUUAGUAGUAUGUUCUUUGUGAGAGAGGAUACUUUUUAGUUAUUUCUGAAAACAUCACUAUCAUCGUCACUUUAACGCAACAAUAAAUGCCCUGGAAUGAUAGUAUUUCCUCACCUUGUAUUGAAAAAUGAGCAUCUGUUUUAGUGUUUGCAUGAACUUAACCAAAGCCUUACUUUAUAGAAAUGGGUCUCAUCAAAUGUGGAAACUGUAUUUAUACAGUAAGUUCCUUUAAUGGUACUCUGUUCCUGAAUGACUAAUGUAAUGUGGUGCAUUGUCCUGUAGGUGGCAGUACAGUCCCUCUGGAAUAUGAGGCUGGCUGUGUUUGUGAAGCCAGAGCACGAGAGUCGAAUCAGCCAUGUGAACACAGCCAGUGUGAAGACCGGCUUGGGAAACACUUUGGGUAUGCUGUCCUGCAUGAUUUUAUAUCAGAAGUACACAAAGCAAAAAAAAAAAAAAAUCAUGGACAAAAUGAGAAUUUAUUUGACUUGAGUUCUGAUGAAAGUUAUGCUUGUUGUUUCAGGUAACAAGGGGGCUGUUGGCAUCUCCUUCCUCUUCGGUGGAACAUCUUUUGGUUUCGUUAACUGCCACCUAACAUCUGGAAGUGAGAAAGUCCUAAGGUAAAUUGUGUUUGCAUGAAUAAAUGAAUAUAUGCACUGUGGUUUUAUUCCAAUAGGAUAUCAUAAAGAUUUGUAAUUAUUUAUACUGUACACAUCAUUUGCAGGAGGAACCAGAACUUUGUGGACAUCCUCAGGCUGCUCUCUCUGGGAGACAAACAACUCAGCGCCUUUGAUAUCAGCCUGCGCUUCACCCAUCUCUUCUGGUGUGGAGAUCUCAACUACAGACUCGAUUUGGAAGUACAGGUCGGACCAACAGUUCUCAUUUUUUAAUUAUUGACUGAAUGUGUGUUCAUGUAGAGAGUUGUGAUUCAGCAUCUUAUAUGAAAAUCAAUCAUCAAACCGUGGACCCUGGUGUUAAUUGUUUUUUGGGGGGGUCUCAAUAAUUCCAGGACAUCCUAAAACACGUCUCUAAGAGGGAGUUUGAGGAGCUCAUGUGUGCGGACCAGCUGACCCGAGAGAGACACAAGAGGAAGGCUUUUCUCAAUUUCAGUGAGUUUCAGCUUGCUCAAAUUGAAACUGAGAGCUAAAACCAGAGAGUACCAAGAGUUUAUUUGCUGUAGAUUUCUUAAUAUAAAGAAAUGCCUGUAGGCUUUGAUUUAUUGGUUAAAUUGGAAAUAAAAUUAUAUUUCUGAUUCAAUGUUCAAUCAAUCCAUCAAUCAAUCAAUCAAUCAAUCAAAUGCUGUUGAAUUUCUUUAUCAACCUUCAGUAUUCACCUGAUGUUUUACUGUCCUGACUAAAUUUCCCAGUUUGUAUUUGGAUGCAUCUGUUUAUGUAUUUAAGUCUGGUUUUUCCUUUUUAUUUUCUGUCUGUAUUUUUUUUCUAAAUCUUUAAAUUACUUUCUGAGCCAGCCUUUUAGGUAACUUGUUCCAAUGUCAAUAAUAAUACUAAUAAUAAAUCAAAACAUACUGUGUUUAACUGCCUACUUACUUACAGUUAAUCUCUGCUUCUGCUAACUCUGCACUCCUCUCAUUUUUUCCUCUUUAAGAGGAACAGAAGAUUGCAUUCCCACCCACCUAUCGGUAUGAGCGGGGCUCUCGAGACUGCUACCUUUGGCAGAAGUACAAGACUUCAGGAGUAAGUUAUGUGUUAUUACACAGAAGCACUGUAGAAAAACAGGAUGAGAGAUAGAGUUAUGAGCUGAUUCAAGUGCAGCACAGAGGACACAUUUCCAGUGUUGAAACAAUAUCGGAAUCUCUGAGUGGCUAUAAAAAAUGCUACAGCAAGAAAAUAGAAUAAUACCUUCUCAACUUUGUGUAGAUUUUCAACAAUGCUGUCUCUACUGGAGGCAGUGUUGGUGAGGCAGUGUGGUUUUAGACUGAAAUAUCUCAAGAAAAAACAGAUCGAUCUCCUUGAGAAUUGGUAGAGGCAUUCAUGGUGUGAUGAUGAUUUACUCUGAAGAUAUGUCAGAUUGAAUAAAAGUUUUACAGAUCCCGCUGCACGGCUGUGAACUGUUAAUAUCUAAAAAGAUAGAUCCAAAUGCUGCUAACAAGUUUACCAAUAGCUUAAUGUUUCUUUAUGGACUGAUUGUCUGAGCUGCGUUAAUUGCUGUGAUUAUACUCUAUUAAAAUAACACUAAAUCACAUUUUACUCUAUGGUUGUGUUAUGUUGGUUUGUUUCCAAGAAAGACUUCUUAGUACAAAGAAAAUAUCCUCAAAGCAUUCUAAGUAUAAAGCAGACUCACCUCUUAAGAUAACUCAUGUGUAACUUAAUCCUAUUGAAGGGGUCUAUAGGGUCAGUUGACUUUGCCAGCAGCUGCCACAACCACUAAAUAUAGGAUGUUAUGUGUGACCCACAGACUAAAAAAAGACCAUCUGACGUAACAGGAAUGAAGGAAAUCAUUUUUACAAUGACAAACAUAGACUUGACUGUUUAUCUAAACUGCUAUUGUUUUUGCAGGUGAGAGUCAACGUCCCAUCAUGGUGUGACAGGAUUCUGUGGAAGUCGUACCCAGAGACACACAUCAUCUGCACUGCUUAUGGUAAGAUCUGCAGGAUACAAAAAAACACAAUAAGAGAAAACAGACUCUAAUUGUAUAGGAGAAGAAAAGGAAGGGCAGCGCCAAGGUCUAGACAUAACUAUACAUUCUGAUGCAGCGUGCCCAAAUUAGAUAUGUGCUGUAACUUAUUUUCUUUCUUACCGCUGUGAAAUGUCGGUAACUCCUAAAUAAAUAUGGUAAAACCCGACAUCUCAGUCUGUGGUCUACAAUGAAACAGGGUCAUUUCCUUUCACAGGCUGAGCUUCUCUGUGACCUACAGUAUAUUGGUCUAAUGGCUCAACAGUCCUGUCCACCUCAUGUAGCUUUAGUACUCAAAGAAUAUGAAGAAUUGUUUAUGCGUUUUCAGCAAUAAAUAGAUGUCACUUUACCAGGUUGCACGGACGACAUCUUCACGAGUGAUCACUCGCCUGUUUUUGCCACAUUCCAAGUUGGAGUGACGUCACAGUUCAGCUCCAAAACAGGUGCUUUUGCUGUUGUGGCACUUUGUAAACAAAUCAGUCUGAUAUGAUUUUAUUUCUUUAUAAUCUGAACAGUGUUGCGAUGCAUUUUCUUGCAUAGAUCACAAUUCGAGCGUUGAGAAGGCCUGGAUAGAACUUGAAGGCAUCGAAGCCAUUGUGAGGACUGCAAGCAAGGCAAAGUUCUUUAUUGAAUUUCACUCGACUUGCCUUGAAGGUAUGGAGACACAUCAUUUUAUAUGAAGAAUUAUGCAGCGAAGCAACGAAAAUUCAGUCAAAUCCUUCUCUGCAGAGACACGGCGUUCAAGUGAGAAUGACUCACAGGGCUGUGAUGUUCCCGGGUUUCUCAAAUUGGGCUGGUCCUUUAAACAACUGCCCAAGGUAACAAGCUCAGACUAUUCCGAUGCAGCUGUGAGUUUUAUCAGCCUCUUCAGUCAUGCUUUGAGUUUAUGAUUGUUUAAUCUGUUAAAGCUCCUGCCAAUCAUUUCCGACAUGGAGUAUCUUCAGGAUCAGCACCUGCUGUUGUCCGUCAAGUCAUGUGAUGGAUUUGAGUCAUACGGUUGGUCCUCUGUCAAAUUAACUACGCAUUAUUACAUAAUAUUCCUGCUGCUUUGUUGGUAUGCUAAUAACAGCCAAUGAAAUUACAGUUAAUCACACACAAGAGCUAUCAACGAGUUAAGAUGCUGUACCAUGCUUUGUUAUAGUUCUCAGGUUUUAGCUUAGGCUCUGCUUCAUGCGGCCCUAAUUGAGCCAACACUAUAUACUUUCUCGCUCAGUGGAGCAUUUGCACCUUCUGAAUUAGUAAAGGUUGGAGCCCUUAUUCCCUUUUUUAUGACACAAGUUUGAUCAAAGGUAAUUUAUUCCUUGUGUAGUUAAACAGCAGUCCGUUUGUCCAAAUCAAUUGUGUAGAAAUCUUGCCAAAAGUAUCUGCUUAGAGGUGAAAUGAUGUCUAACAAAUACAUUUCUCAUCAGGGGAAUGCUCUGUGGCUUUGCGCUCCCUUGCUGGUGCAUCCGAGCAGUUUGAGACAUUUCUGAGCCACCGUGGCGAGGAGAUGGGCUCCAUAAGAGGGCGAGUGAGGAUCCAUGUGCCAAAGGACCGAAGGGGAACACGGAAGAAGACCUAUGGUGGGUCAACUAGAUCUAUUCCUGUCUUACUCUCUGCCUCGCUUGCACUAUCACUUCCUACUAAACUUUCUUCUCCACUGCUUUCUGUGACUCUCUUGUGAGCCUCACAUUGCUUCCUCUAUUUGGUUCCUCAAUGAUCCCUGGCUUGGCUUUACACUUGCUGGUAUCUAUCGACCCCUUCCUCUUUUGGCUCCUGACUGAAUGACCCUGACCAGAUGCUUCCUGAGACACUGAAAACCAGGACAGAUGAGUUUAAUGUCACCAGGUCAGACAUUACAACAACAUGCAUAAACAUCGCUAUGCUGUGAUGCAAUCAAAACUAGCCUUCAGUCUACAUGCUUUACAAAGGUCUGUAAGAUGUCUCGCUUACAGGAAAAUGCAUUGUUUGCUUUCUGUGGUUUGGCUUUUACAGAGUUGUUUCACUUUGAGAAAGAGCCUGUGAAGGGACUUCUGACUCCUGCAUCGACACGGGUUCCAGUUAAUAGGUAAGGACACAUUCCUUGUUGUAGAAAAGGGAUAUGAAACCCUUGUAGUUGUAAAUGUAUUUCUGUGAGCUGUUAAAUCCUUCCCAAAUGAGAAAAAUCUACUUAUGUGUUUUAUAGCAGAUUGUCGGCAGCUCCUCCUAAACUCACUCCCAGCAGCUACACCAAUCCAGCCUACUUCAUUUUCGAGGGUGUUUCGGUGACACGCAGGGUGGAGGAGGCUCUCCCCCAGCGAAAGGACCCUCAGGUGAUCUGGUCUGGAAAUGAGGCCUUGCAGCUUCCGAAAGUCGCGGGGCGUCAGGGAUUUGAAAGGAGGCAUAGCCGCAGAUCAGACUUUACAGAGAUUGAAAUUCCUGUCAUCCUGCCCCAGCAUACCCCAUCAAAUGAGCUCCAUACACCCCAAACCAACUCCUCCUAUCAGCUUUUCCCGACCAAGAACACAUCUCCUAUUCCUCCACCCUCAAGUAACGCCAUGUCUCAGUACCAAGAAAAGACUUCACAACCAAGGGACAAAUACCAAAGUAAAAACGUUGUUCAGGACUCCAUACUGCCAGAGAAGAACCUGAGAAACCUGUACAUGAAUCACUCAGCGAUUAUCAGGGAAAAAGCCAGAAGGGAUCCACACCAGAUUCUCCCAGAAAGGACCAAUCCUGUACGAGAAGCAAAGAAGCAGCCAGCCUUCCCUUACGCCCCCGCUCACUUAGCACACAGUCAGGCCACCGUUCCCUGGAUUGUGGAUCUGCAGCCACCUGCACCUACAGGAGACCACUCCCUUACUGCUCUGCAGAUUGCCAAGUCCCUCAGUGAAGUUGACUUUUUCCCCAACGAGCAGAGAGACUCAUCAGUUCUCCACCAGAGAGUUAAUUACAGAAACGGUCCCUCUAUGCAUGGAGACAGAGGCUACGGCUGGGAAAAAGAGGUACAAACACUGAUCUCAAAAACAGUUCAGAAAACACUUGGGUCCUGGUUCUCUGUGAAAUUAAAAGACUUGUUUUUUUUUUUUUUAUCAAAGCAGGUUUCUGUCCUGCAAGGUGCACCUGAGACAGUGAGGGAGCUUCUCAGUGCUCUGGGUCUUCAGAGAUACACGCUGGGGCUGAGCCUGAAUGGCUGGGAUGAUCUGGAUUAUUUCAGGUAGAGUGAUUUUGGAGACGUUUCCUUUGCAGCACAAAGAUACAGUUGAGAUACCAACAUAUAUCCAGAAACUCCAAGAGAACACCCCCUACAGGAUCCAAAAAAAGAUUUGACAGAAAUUUUAGGACCUUUUUUCGGCAAAAUUCAACUGAAAAUUGGUUUAUUCUGGUCUUAAUGUAAGAAGAUGAUGUUUUUAACAAUAUACAAGCUACAAAUGCAGGUACACAGGCAUCAUUUGCAGCUCACCAAAACCUCCCACCACUGGACCAGCCUGCUGCACAGUUUAAAAAGCAGAAAACUUUACUGCGAGAACAUGUCUCUACUCUAACCCAGGAAUCCAUAAAGCCACAUCAGACCGUACUGGACUUGUUACAGAUGACAGUGAACUCUUUCCAGACCCCGCCUUACCUUUAUAGAGUCUGUAGCAUUUAAACGCUCCAAACCCAAAACACAUUUUCUCUGGACCAGCUUGAUGGGUCUGCUCUGGAGUCCUCCCUGUUAUACCUGAGCUGGAAAGAGUACACUAGACCCUAAGAUCUGACACAAGUAUUUUUUACCUCUGACCUGAAGUAAAAAGUCCUCUGUAAUUUAAGAAUUAAAGAUGUUCUAAAUCGGGAAAAGCUAUAUUUGUUUGAAGAGGCAGCCUAGAUGGUCACAGGACAGAAUCAGCCUGGAUUUGUGUCUCAGUUUUGAAGUCCUAAUCAAAUUACUAGACACACGUGACAGUCAUGCUCAUGAUCAGAGUGAGUGAGUGAGCAUGACAUGUCAGGUUAGCACUGACAAUCUUGUUGUGGCACACAAAAGCUUGUCUAAUCCCAGCCAUGUUGUGUAAAUACUGUAAGCUGGCACUGAAUGUUUGACCUACAACUUCUCAAACGCAUCAAAAGUAAACUUGUGUUUCUGUUGAAUUUUCAGCUAAUUAUGCCUGUUUUCACAGUGGCGUCACAGAUGAGGAUCUACGGGCUGCAGGAGUGAUGAACCCUUCGCACAGACGCAGGAUCCUCGAGAACCUCCCCAGGAACUGGAACUGACACACAGAUAAGAACGUAUGUAAACGUUAAUGGUACGAUGCCUCACAGUGCUCUUAAUCACAACUGGAAGAUUAUUUCAAGUCCAGAUCUGAUGGGAGGACUGACUGGAUACCAAUCACAGCAGUUGGACUCACAUUUUCUCAAUCAAUACCAGCAGUUUGUCUGAGGUCCCAUCUGCAAAGGGACCACAUUACAGGACACACUUGUUGCACAGCCACCCAUCGAUCCUGACUGAUCAUGAAAAGGGUGGAUGAUAUGAAUGAAAGGCUCGCUGUGAACCUCCAGUUACUGACACUUGUAUUAAUAUUGAUUAUUACAUCAAGGUCUCAUUGAUUUUGCUUUGAAUGAAUUCCGAAUGACUUUGAAAAAGUAUAGUCGCUUUAUUCUCAGUGUUCACUCAAGGCUGAUGUUUACAAUUCCUCUCUAUCCCUGCUACUGUGUGCUCACCAUUACUCUGUUAUCAUUGAGCCUGGAUCUGAGCUUGUAAAAGCCCUCUAUUAAACCCAUAGAGUGUAAAAUCCAUAACUGUACAUAUCUACUGGAGCAUUGUCUGUAAAAUCAGUUCGGAUGGAUCUGUCAUAACUCCUUUUUACUGUGUCAUACUGUCGUUAUCAUGUCACUUAAUCAGCACUUAUGUCAACUGUGCAUGUUUUAUGCAACCUUCAUGAAGUAAAGUGCGUAAAGCAACUCUUGACCGUUA